AAGUUUGUUCAAACAAACACCGUGACGUCACCACAAACAAUGGCAGCCAGCGGCACAGCUGUAACGGUUCUGACUCCAAAUGGGAGAAGACAAACUGUUAAAGUGGCUCCAAACACGCCGUUGUUGCAGGUGCUGGAGGACGUCUGCAAAAAACACGGAUUUAACCCGGACGAGCACGGUUUGAAGUUUCAAAGGACUGUUCUUGACCUGACGCUACCAUGGAGGUUUGCAAACCUGCCCAACAACGCUAAACUGGAAAUGGUGACAAGUUCAAGGAAACAAGGUGCAACCGACAGCCAGGUGCGGAUUGCUCUCCAGAUGGAGGACGGGUCUCGGCUUCAGGGUUCCUUCUCCUCUGGAUUGAAUCUUUGGGAAGUGCUCACACAUUUCCCCCAGAUCAGUGUGUCGGAGCUGUCUGAAUCAGGAUCAACCCCUGUGUGUGUUUACAUGAGAGACGAGGUGAGUGGGGAAGAAGCACUAAAGAAGGCCACUCUGAAGUCUCUGGGUCUCACAGGUGGAAGUGCCAUAGUCAGAUAUUUGCUCAAAAAGGACAAAACACCAGGAGAGGAAGAUGAAACUGAAACAGCUGCUAUGCCAACCACACCUGUUGCCAAGGAAACCACGCCUAGCCUAUUGCCUCAGCCCGAUCCUGCUCCAUCACUCCCAGAGGCGUCAAGCACGACUGUGCCAAUUAAAAAUUCAAGCCCCGAUUCGCCAAUGGAAACCGUACCCGCACCAAUCCCUGUAAUGGCCACCGCCACACCUCCUGUUCAGCAGGCAGAUGUUCCAAACUCCCAGGAUGCAGUUCGGCCUAAAGUCCCUCCCACAGGAAGACAAACACCGGAGGCAGAUAGAGAGGAAGCAGGGCCUUCAGGACUAAACUGUCAGCCAUCUUCCUCCUCCGCUCCCUUGGCUCCAUUCAUCCCUUUUUCUGGAGGUGGUCAGCGCCUCGGGGGUCCUGGAGGAGCAGGUGGGCGCUCACUGUCUUCAUCGUCAUCGUCAUCACUGUCAGCUCUGACUGCUGCAGUAGAAUCCCCCAAAGCCAAGAAAGCCAAAUCCAGCCACAGUUCAAGCAGCAAGUGUAAAGCCACUUCCAACUUGCAAGACAAUGACAUGGAUCAUGGAGAAGAGUUCUUGGAGCCGGUGGAGAGGGAGCCUCUUAUCUACCACUUGGACUCAAUGUCCCGUCACUCCGAGGACCACCACGGGGAUCUGCCCGACGAGUUCUUCGAGGUGACAGUGGACGAUAUCCGGAAGCGUUUCGCCCAGCUGAAGAGCGAGAGGAAGUUAUUGGAGGAGGCGCCGCUUAUGACCAAAUCUCUGAGAGAAGCACAGAUGAAAGAGAAGAUGGAUAGAUAUCCCAAAGUGGUCCUGAGGGUCCAGUUUCCAGACAGACAUGUUCUGCAGGGUUUCUUCAGGCCUCUGGAGACAGUCGGUGCUGUGAGGCAGUUUGUGAGGAGUCACUUGGAGGAUCCUCAGCUCAGCUUCUACCUGUUCAUCACCCCUCCAAAAACUAUCCUGAGUGACCCUUCAGCUACACUUUUCCAGGCCGACCUGUUUCCUGGCGCGUUAGUGUACUUUGGCUCCGACGUAAAAACAGAUUUUUACAUAAAGAGAGAACUGCUCGAAUCUUCUGUCUCCGCCUUGCAAGCAAAUGAGUCCAUUGCAAGCUGCAUGCUCCGGUCCCCGACGCCCCCCUCCGGCUCUGUGGGCUUCGAGGAGCCAGCGCCGCCGCCGCCGCCGCCACAAGAACCCACAGCGAACACCAGUGGGUCCACGCAGGACGGACAAGACCCGUCUGCGCAAACCCAGGCUGCUAAACCCACCAGAUCUGACCCGGGGAAGGUGCCAAAGUGGCUCAAACUUCCAGGUAAGAAAUAAGACUUCUGCUGUGUGUGGAUGGAGGAAUGACCACGACAGACUGACGCACUUACAUCUUUGCUACGCUUCACUUAGAGGCUCAACUUUGCGACCACAGUGGAUUUAUUCCAUCGUGGAGGACGCCUGCACUAACCUAGGUUUUAGAAUGGUGAAAGUAAAGAGACAAACAGGUGAAUUACAUGAAUUGCUGAGAAGAAUGCUGUGUUUCAUUCCAUACGAUUGCUGGCAAGAGAGAGUGCCGAGAAGAAAAUGUAGUACAAAGUGAAUAAAGAUUGUUGUACAAAAAAAAAA